UCUUUCUUUCUUUUUUAUUUUUUUAUCCAGCCUGUUAGCAGGGUUAUGAGAAGAAGCUCAGAAAGGAACCCUGCCAGGGGCCGCCACCACCAGCAUGAGGUGCCCAGUCAUCCAAACUGGUGAAGUGAGAAAAACAGAAUUCAGCUUUCAAGGUGCAUUUCAAGCAAUUGGCUUGUGGGACUUUGAGAGAUGCUGCUGCCCGUGACAUGUUGGAAUUAUCAUGAUCAACUACUCGGUUUGGAUUUCACCCAGUGGCCAAGAGCUUUGUGUGAUAGACAGCAAGGUUUGGAUUUUUAAAAAGAGUAAACCAGAAAGAGUGCAAAUCCAUUGGUUCCUGCCAGGGUUGGGACUUCCGGCUUCAAGCUCAAGUUCACUUAUGUCCUUCAAAGAACUUGGGCAACCCCUGGCCUGUGACCAAGGUGUAGACUAAGAAGUGGAGUCAUGCUUCACACGGCCGUAUCAUGCUGGCAGCCAUUCCUGGGUCUGGCUGUGGUGUUAAUCUUCAUGGGAUCCACCAUUGGCUGCCCUGCUCGCUGUGAGUGCUCUGCCCAGAACAAAUCUGUUAGCUGCCAUAGAAGGCGGCUGAUUGCCAUCCCAGAGGGUAUUCCCAUCGAGACCAAAAUCUUGGACCUGAGCAAAAACAGGUUGAAAAGCGUCAACCCAGAAGAAUUCAUAUCAUACCCCCUUCUAGAGGAGAUAGACUUGAGCGACAACGUCAUCGCCAAUGUGGAACCCGGAGCAUUUAACAAUCUCUUUAACCUGCGUUCCCUCCGUCUGAAAGGCAAUCGCCUGAAGUUGGUUCCUUUAGGAGUAUUCACAGGACUGUCCAACCUCACUAAGCUGGACAUUAGUGAGAAUAAGAUCGUCAUUUUACUGGACUACAUGUUUCAGGAUCUGCAUAACUUAAAGUCUCUAGAAGUAGGGGACAAUGAUUUGGUUUAUAUAUCACACAGGGCCUUCAGCGGGCUUCUCAGCUUGGAACAGCUCACCCUGGAGAAGUGCAACCUAACAGCAGUACCAACAGAAGCCCUUUCCCACCUCCGCAGCCUCAUUAGCCUCCAUCUGAAGCAUCUGAAUAUCAACAAUAUGCCUGUGUAUGCCUUUAAAAGAUUAUUCCACCUGAAACACCUAGAGAUUGACUAUUGGCCUUUACUGGAUAUGAUGCCUGCCAAUAGCCUCUAUGGCCUCAACCUCACAUCCCUUUCCAUCACUAACACCAAUCUGUCCACUGUACCCUUCCUUGCCUUUAAACACCUGGUAUACCUGACACACCUUAACCUCUCCUACAAUCCCAUCAGCACUAUUGAAGCAGGCAUGUUCUCUGACCUGAUCCGCCUCCAAGAGCUUCAUAUAGUAGGGGCCCAGCUCCGCACCAUUGAACCCCACUCCUUCCAAGGGCUCCGCUUUCUUCGCGUGCUCAACGUAUCUCAGAACCUGCUGGAAACUUUGGAAGAGAACGUCUUCUCCUCCCCUAGGGCUUUGGAGGUCUUGAGCAUUAAUAACAACCCACUGGCCUGUGACUGCCGUCUCCUUUGGAUCCUGCAGCGACAGCCCACCUUACAGUUUGGUGGCCAGCAGCCCAUGUGUGCUGGCCCAGACACUAUCCGUGAGAGGUCAUUCAAGGAUUUCCACAGCACUGCCCUUUCUUUUUACUUUACCUGCAAAAAACCCAAAAUCCGUGAAAAGAAGUUGCAGCAUCUGCUAGUGGAUGAAGGGCAGACGGUCCAGUUAGAAUGCAGUGCCGAUGGAGACCCACAGCCUGUGAUUUCCUGGGUGACACCCCGAAGGCGUUUUAUCACUACCAAGUCCAAUGGAAGAGCUACUGUGCUGGGCGAUGGCACCCUAGAAAUCCGCUUUGCCCAGGAUCAGGACAGCGGGCUGUAUGUUUGCAUUGCUAGCAAUGCCGCUGGGAAUGACACCUUCACAGCCUCCUUGACUGUGAAAGGGUUUGCCUCAGACCGCUUUCUUUACGCAAACAGGACCCCUAUGUACAUGACUGACUCCAAUGACACCAUUUCCAAUGGCACCAAUGCCAAUACUUUUUCCCUGGACCUUAAAACAAUACUGGUAUCCACAGCCAUGGGCUGUUUCACAUUCCUGGGAGUGGUUUUAUUUUGUUUUCUCCUCCUCUUUGUGUGGAGCCGAGGGAAAGGCAAGCACAAAAACAGCAUUGACCUUGAGUAUGUGCCCCGAAAAAACAAUGGUGCUGUUGUGGAAGGGGAAGUGGCUGGACCCAGGAGGUUCAACAUGAAAAUGAUUUGAGGGUCUACCACUCACACUACUGUCUCUGUUAUUGUUGGUAAUCAGUUAAGAGUCUGGCACAGUAAAUCACUAGGUUAAGAGGGCAGCUUUGUACAGCUGCCCCUGUGUCAAUGCAGGGUCCACGGAAAUAGGAGGACUUCUUAUGGAGCCUCUCCAUCUAGAGGCAGGCAGGCAUAUGUCAGAGCCCUUCACAUGGUGGGAUACUAAUUGUUUGCAUUGCAAAUAUUGGCAUUCUGGGGAUCUCAGUAAUGAACCUGAACCUUUGGCUCAUGCUCAUGGACAAUUAUUCAGCAUUUUCUACCACUGCAAAAACAAAUGAAAAAAUAAGAACAACCUACAGUGUAGGAUUUACAUAUUAAAAAGACACAUUUGUCUAAAACAUAAUCUACAGAAAAAUUUGUAUCUAUGAUUAUCAUUUGUUAAAAGCCUUGCAUCAUACCAUAUUGUUGGUUCAGCACCAAAAAGAGAUCAAUAUAUUCUUUACUUUUUUUUUAAACAUAUAUGCUGUAUAUGUUUUAAAGCAAUAUGAAUGAGAGGUUGUGCUUUUAGUUACUCACCACUAUAGAUCCAAGUGUGAUUUCACCUUCCUCUACCUACAGAUAAGCCUGAGACUAGAUCCCUGGAGUUAUGGCGGAGAUGUGUUGAGAGAUGUGUUUGUCUGAUGUAGGAUGCCAACAAACAGGACCCAAGGCAAAACUGCUCAACUCUGUUAACUUCUGUUACUAUAAAUAAAGGCAUGUGCCUAGUUUUGAUACAGAAUGGAAUAUUUUUUAUACUUGUAAUAUCACACUGGACCAGUUUACUGUAACAAUGCCCUUGGUUUCUCCACAAGGUGGUGUGCCACCAGAUGUACCUGUAAAAUGCAAGGUAGGUGUUAUUAAUGAAAAUAAUCCAUUUAACCACCCCUUGAUUUUACUUUCACCAGUCACUGCUAAUGAAUAGAAAAAUGAAAGAGGAAGUAAAGAUUCUAUAAAAUCAUUGGGUAAUAUUUACCAGUAGGUGAGAUCAAUAGUUCUGUUGUUCAAAAGCUCUCUGAGUAAGGAGGUCUUCUCCAAUGCCAACAUAAACCAGGGUGAUCCAUGCAUAACAUGAUAGUCAUGCAACUAAGGAUCUGCUUAAAAUGUGAUUGCUGCGUGAAGGCUGGACUGCUACUUUAAAGGGAACAUCCAGCCACUGCCACUAUGAUGUUCUCUAUUCAAAUACCAUACACAUCACAUUACCUUGACAACUUCAGAGUUUUACCCUGCUUCCCUAGCAAGUAGAUUUUCAAAAAAUUAUCUUGUGUAGACAAGAGGGAUCUGUUUAUUAUUAGAGGUGAGAAAAUACAAGGUGGAUUGGAAAACAUUUUUUUUCUCCACUAAGGAAAAACUAAGAUUAUAUAUGUGAAACUGUGCUGAUUCUUUUAUUUCCUGAUCUAAGGAUAUUUGCCAGUUCAGUUGGUAUUAAUGAUUGUUACUCAAACAUUUCAGUUUUCACUUCCAUUUAAAAAAAUGUUGAAUGAAUGACUUUCAAAACAUAUAUUCAUAAGAUAUGAGAAGCCAUUGAAUUUAGACUAUUUGUGAAAUGUCAGAUCAAUAUUAACAAAUAGGAAAUUUCCACAUUUUCAUAUUUUAAGAGGAAUUUGAAGCAAGGUCCCUGUUUGAAUUCAACAUGAGCUGGCAAAGUUCUCUGGGAUUUCCUACCUGACAUGUCAGCUGGGGGUCUGACUUUCAAAGGUCUGGAUUUUUUUUUUUUCAGUAUUUGAAAUUUUGAGGAACUUCAAUAAAAUUAAAUUGAACCCCCCACACCAAAAGUAUCAAGUUCAGAAAUUGUUUUUCCAAUUGGAUAGCAACACAGUAAAACCCAUUUCUCUUUUAAUAAAGGGUAGAAUGAGAUAGAAAGACUGAAGAAUUAACCUGUUUGAGUCAUAUUUCAUUGGCUUUCCUAGUGAUCAUAAAAAAUCUUUUAGAAAUUCCUUUUCCAUUUGUGACAUUAUUUAGAGCUAACAAUAUAAAUCAGAUUGUGUAUUCUAUCAAAAUUCAACUCUUACAAAUCAGUGGGUCCUUUCAAAUUAAAAAAUAAUAAUAAUAAAGUGGAGGGUUAGUCUUCCAAAAGAGAAACCACUUAAUUUUAAUUUUGCAACAUUAUAUAAAACAAGUUCUUAACAAACUAGAGUGUGCAAGCAAAAACAUUGAAAAAAAUAAUAAAAGGGCUUGUGAUUUUAACUGCUAUUUUUUAUCAAAAGCUGACCAUAAAACACCUGAAUGAAAUAAAAUUGGAUUAAAGGUAGCCCAUCUAUGAGAAGAUUUAGAUAUUAGUCCAUUCAAAGAAGAGAGAUUGAACUCUCUCAGGGAUUUCCACACUCUGAUCUGUAGAACAGUUACAAUAUUACUAAGCAUUCUUCCAAAAGAGUCCCAUGGACAAAGUUAGGCAAAUGAGGUCCAACAUCUAUGUAAGCCUAAUAAAUACCCUAUAAAGCCUAUAAAAAGAAUUACAUUUAAUAAUUUUUACCUGGGGGUAGGCAUUAACUUAUUUGAACCUGAAGGAUUUCUUUUCCUGAUUAACUGUUAACGUCUUCAAAACCUAGUUUCAUGGAACCCCAAAUGGUCAACAUUCCAGUACUCCAUUGAAAUAUUCCUAGGUCCAAUGUUUCUAAUAAGAGUAAAAUUAUAGUUUGAAUUGGGCUUCAACUACAACAAAUAUAUAUGCCACCUGCCUAAGUGUUCAGACCAUGGAAGUACAUUGACCAAUAUUGCAGGAAAGGGGCUACUUACUGCCUGAAGCAUUGUUGCAAUGAAUUUAUAAGUAACUGAAUGGACACUUAACUUUUCUACAUUCUCACUACUGGUACAAAUCUUGGGUUCCUUUUUCUGCAAAGCUCUGGCAUUCCAUUGACUGUAACUCUGGGGCUUUAUUAUCCAGCUUUACAAAGGGAUUGCAUGAUUUUUUUCCUUUAUGGCUACUUAUUAACCCUUUGCUACAUCCUGGUAGAGAAUAAUUGCUUAGACCAGCAUGUGGGCCACCUUUUCCCUUUAGAUAUUAUAUCUGAGUUAUUUUUCUUCCUAGAGGGUUUGUUUCAAAAUAAUUUAUAAAGAAAUACAGUUGUUUGGCUGGGCAUUUUGUUCUAGAUUUAUCAGUACUCUAUAUGUAAGUAAGCCUUUUCAGAGAAAUAUUUAUUUUCUGUACCCAUUAAAUCUAUAAAAGAAAAAAAUUCCCUGACUAGAGCCCUAAUGUUCUAAGAGACUUGACGCAUGGGCCCAAAUGUCUGAAAUACAUAUUACUUAGAGUAAGAGAAGCAAGUUUGCUUAAUAUGUUCUUAGUAGAGAAUUUCUACUUUUUCAAAUUCUCAUAAUACUUGCUCUUCUAGCCUGUUUUCAUCUUCACUGCAUUUAUAAUCACAAGCUUUUCAAAUAUUCUCAAAGUGUGAAAAAUGUGAACCAGGACUCACUAAGACCUCUUACUUCCUAGUUCCUGAGAUCCUUCGUCAGAACUCUGAUUUUGCUCAACUUUCUCAGAAAAGUUGUUUACCACCAACUCUCCAGUGGUACAAAGGCAUUCCAGGUGUAUUCUUCAGUAUUUAGGCUAUAUUAUUUUCUCAUUGUUCUGCCAAGAAUUCUUUUUCUCAGUUCUCCCAGGAUUCCAGAAGUGACAAUCUUUUGUGACUCUUUUAAAAAGGACUAUUUAAAUCUCACCUGCAUUGAAGGCUGCCUUUUGUCACUUUCCAUUAUUCAAAUAGGAAGAAAUGUAUUUUUUAUAUUAGAAAUACAAAAAAAGAAGAUAAAGUGAGUAGAGCCCCAUGUAAAUUAUCUUAUACUUCCAGGGUCUCCCUUCAUCUCUGAGUCAAGACGUUUGUUUUAUCUUCAGGGGCUGUGCUCCAAAGCUGUUCAGCAACACAGAAUGUGUCUUGAGGCUUCCUAGGAAAUGAAAAAAAAAAAAAAAAAAAGAAGAAGAAGAAGAUCAUUUUCAGCCUCUAAAGCUAAGUCCUGACAAAAAAUAUCAAGAAUUCAAAGAAACGAUGGAAGGAGGCACUGGGAUCUCUUUUACUCUAGCUCCUUUAUUGCUAAUUUUUAUAGUUAUCUUCUAAAUGAAGAAUCAGAGCCUAUGCUCUUUUUUAAACUUUCAUUGGUAGCUAUUUUUAUCCUCUAUGUCCUGGCCACCUAUACCUCACUUGAAAUUCCAAAUGGAUUUUGAGGCAUGUGAACUGGUCACAAAACCUUUAGGGCCAAAGCCAUUCAUCCUACUUGGUACUUAGAUAAAGAUCUAUCAUCUUGAUUAUUGAAAUUAACAUUCCUCAUUAGACUACUCCAUCAUGUGCCUGGUUAUUUCCAUUGAUAUCUCUCCAUUGACUUUGGGAGCUCUAUUCAACUUCUUUUGGCUAAAGCCCUUGAUAUUUUCUCAUUGAAGAGUUUUGGAGUUAUUCUGCCUUUGUAUACAAAAAAAAAUCUUUAAGGGAUGAAAUAUUAUUUGACUUACUGAGUUAGAAUUUCAUAUUUUGGUUAGGCAACAGAGGUGUUUUCUGUUAUUUGGCAAACAUUUGACAUCUUUUGCUGACAAUCUCCUUUUUCCCUUCAAAGCCAUUUCCAAGAGAGCCUUCUCAUUUGUAUUCCAGCAAAGUGUAACUCCUGGGAAAAGAGUUUUGCAACAUAGUUCUGCAGGAUGAAAUGAGAGCUGGUUAGCUGUGAUCUUUAGCAAGGUCUGCCUAAUGAACACUGGAUCCAAGAGCUGUUAAGUCUAGAUUUACAAGGUUUAGCUAAGAAAAUCAGUUGUAAAUCAACAAUGAAUGGCAGGUUUUCAAUUCUGAAGUCAGUUUUUGGAGCAGCAAAAGGAGCUGCAUAUUUUCUCAAAAUCCAUGAGGACUGGAAACUCCUUAUCUUGCGUGAGCUUUUCAACAGAUGGCCUAUGGUAACAUGUUGGCAAAAAACAACAAAAGACAAGAUUAAAAUGUACGUUAAAGAUUUAUUUUUCUAAGAGGACUGGUGCUGAUGUUCUUCUUUCCAAAUAUGGAAAUCAGAUCAGGAUAAGCUUACUUGUACCCCAAUUGCCCUCUUUAAUUUGUCAAGGUCUGUAAUACCCCUUCUCCUUCCCCACCCCCAGUUCCCUGGAAAAAGUCCUGAAUGGGAAGAAGGCAAAUAUCAGGGACUACAGUAGAUACCCUUAUCCUUGAGGGACAGGUUCCAAGAUACCAGUGGAUGCCUGAAGCCACACUAUUGAAUGCUCUCUAUAUUGUGUUUAUUUUUUCCUAUAUGUACCUGUUGACAAAAUUUAAUUUAUAAACUAGGCUCAAUAGAAGUUUAACAGUGCUAAUAAUAAAACAGAACAAUUAUAACAAUAUACUCUAAUAAAAGCUAUAGGGAUGUGCAUGUUCCACCACCCUACAAAUAUACGUUCACUAUUUUCAGACCAAGGUUGACCUUGGGUAACUGAAACAAUCAAAAACCAAAACCAACCAUGGAUAAGGAGGAACCACUGUGCUAAUUCCCCAGAGAGAGCCCAGAGAGAGAGGGGGAGGGGGGAAGCUUUGUAUUCCUGUCUCUCCUGAUGCCACAAUUGAAAUCAUCCUUCAUUCUCCAGCCUGCCUGCUCAACCUCCGCCACCUCUGAGCUGCUGUCAUGCCUCAUCAAUGAGUGUUCUUCUAGGGAUAAGUCUUCUUUCAUUGGUACGAGGAAAUUCUUGGGUAAUUGUUAAACUGGAAAUUGCUUAAAAAAAAAAACCCUCUAGCCUAUCUUCUAUAACACUUUAAAAGUUAAGACUUACCAUUCACAUAAUCACAAGCUGACAGCAAUCUGCAGGUUGAGUGAAUCUGAUUUUUUCUCUUCCAGAAGCAGGUGGGUUGAUAUAAUGCCAGCCUAAAAUAGAAAGAUUUAUUUAUAGCUUCAGCAGAAUGAGAAAAGAGCUGGAUUAAUCAAGAGAGUACUUCUUUUUUUUUUUUUUAAGGAAGCCUCUAUGUUUAAUAUGCUAAAUAGCCAUUAGAAGAAAACAAAAAUGCAAAUUCAUGUUCUCUAAAUUGGUUAACUAUUCUGAUUCCAAUAAAGUUCAAAUGGUAACUGUCCAUAUUGAAAAUGGAUCAAAGAUUUUGUACCAGAUCUAAUAGGAAAAAGCGGGGGGAAAAAAAGCAGAAAUUUAAUUGCCUAAUAACUUUCUUCAUUUAUUGCACACCUCCUAUUCUAAAUUGCUUUAAUAUCUUUAAUCUACACUGCAAUAUAAUCAAUACAAUCUACAAUGUAAUCAAUAACAAGAAGAUUUACUCAAACUUGCAAAAAAUUCUCUCAUCCCUUACAACCACGUAUGUCCAACAAAUACCAAUUCAUAUAUAUAUCUGACAGCAAGAGAUUGAAACUGAAUCAUGAACGAAUUGCAUAGGUUGGAAGAAAUCAUGCUCUUUUCCUUCCCAGUUGUAAAUUCAGGUGCACCAUACAUACCUGGUCACUUCACACACAAGACAACUGUCUUCACAUGUUUUCUCCAUAAGGUAUGGAAUGCCCCAAAUCAUAACCAAUUAAAAGGCUAUUGUUUAUAUAUACAUAUAUAAAUAUGUGGGGGAGGGUGGUUUGAUUUAAGUAUUUAAGAUGUAACUGUUUUAAAAGCUGAUAAGUUUGAGCAGGAGGAAAAGAAAAUAUGCGUGUCUGUAUUUUUCUUUAAUGUCUUUAUCAAAAUCUUAUUAUAGGAAUAUCCCAUGAUUGGAGUUUCUAACCAACAACCUAACAAAAUUUUCUUAAAUGCCUGAUAGCUUGUUUCUGGUUUCAAAAAAAUGAGUGCUAAAGACAAAAUAAUUUGAUUUAGGAUUAUGUCUCAUUGACUGUUAUUGGGUAAUUGUUGUGGGUAUGUUGUUGGGUUUUUUUAUUUUUUAACAUGUAAAAACAAGUUGACUUAUUAACAUGUGAAAAAAGUUAGAAAACAUGUUUUCUUUGCUGAUGAAAAGGGCUUAAGCAUCUGACAUCUCAAAUCUUUUGGGGUAUUAUUAAGAAAUGAAAUGUAAUAAAAGACAAUUGGAGUCAC